AUGGCGGACGCUGUCGGAACGGCCGUGUGGGUGCCGCACGAGAACGUCGUGUGGAAGAAGGCGACGGUCGUCCAGAAGCUCUCGGAGACUUCCGUGCAAGUGCGCUUUGUCGAGGACGAGGAUGCGUACGACCGUGAGAUCGGCACCACAAAGACCUUUGACGUGCGCGAGAUCGCCAAGCUCGCGGGCGAGGUCUCGGCCACCGCGAUGCCCAUCUGCAACUCGUUCGAGAAGCUCGGCGUCGACGACAUGUGCACGCUCAACCAUUUGCACGAGCCGGCGGUCUUGAAGAAUCUCCAGCUACGCCACGCGCAGAGCAUCCCGUAUACGUACACGGGCCAGAUCUGCAUUGCAGUCAACCCGUACAAGUGGCUCGACCUCUACAGCGAGGGGCUAUACCCCAAGUACUUGGAGCAGCCAAAAACGUCGCUGCCUCCGCACCCGUUCGCCCUCUCGUCGCAUGCUUACCUCGACAUGCGCAAGCACCGCAUCGAGCAGAGUAUCCUCGUGAGCGGCGAGUCGGGCGCUGGUAAGACGGAGACGGUCAAGAUCAUGAUGCACCACUUGGCGUCCGUGUCCGGCGGCGGCGAGAAGGGCUCGACCGUCAUUGACCAGGUCCUCAAGUCCAACCCGCUCCUCGAAGCCUUUGGUAACGCCAAGACCAAGCGCAACGACAACAGUUCGCGCUUUGGCAAGUUUGCGCAGCUGCAGUUUGAUGCGAGCGGGUACCUCAUUGGAGCGCGCUGCGAGACGUACUUGCUCGAGAAGAGCCGCGUCGUCGGCCAGACCCAGGGCGAGCGCAACUACCACAUUUUCUACCAAGUGUUUUCGCUCGCGUCGGAGCUCAAGAAGUCGCUCUUCCUCGAGGGUAACGUCGCCGACUACAACUUUGUCAAGGUCGGCGCUGGCUCGCGCGUCGACAACACGGACGACUCUGUGUUUCUCCAAGAGACCAAGGAUGCCAUGGACACGAUCGGGAUCGACGACCGCGAGCAGCACGGUAUCUUUGAGAUCGUCUCGGCCAUCUUGAACCUCGGCGAGGUUGAGUUCCGCAAGGAGACGGUAGAAAAAUGCUCCGUCUUGAGCCUCGAACGCGUCGAAGCCGUCGCCGCGCUUCUCAACACGGCGGCGUCGGCGCUCCAGGUGACGCUCUGUCAACGAAAGAUGACGGCGGGUGGCGAGACGUACAUGAUUCCCCUCAACGUGGACCAAGCGGCGGACCUCCGUGACGCGUUCGCGAAAGGCAUGUACUCGCACCUCUUCGACUGGCUCGUCGGGCGCAUCAACCGCGCGAUCUGCUCGACCAAGAACGUCGCGUCGCACAUUGGUCUCCUCGACAUCUUUGGCUUCGAGUCGUUCGACCACAACGGGUUUGAGCAGCUCUGCAUCAACUACGCCAACGAGAAGCUGCAGCAAAAGUUCAACAGCGACAUCUUCAAGACCGUCCAGGCCGAGUACGUCGAAGAGGGCAUCCCGUUGGACUUGGUGACGUUCGAGGACAACCAGCCGAUCCUCGACCUCAUCGAAGGCAAGCUCGGCAUCGUCGACCUCCUCAACGAGACGUGCUUGCAGCCAAAAGGCUCGGACAGCAUGUUUGUCAACAAGAGCAUCGACCGCGUUCGAAUGGACCCGAUGCAGUUCAAGAUCGUCCACUACGCGGGCGACGUGACGUACGACGGAUCGCACUUUCUGGAUAAGAACAAAGACACCCUUCCGUCGGACCUCCUCGAGCUCCUCGCGUCGAGCCAGUCGUCGUUCAUCCGCGACGUCUUCCCCGAGCUCUCGGCCAAAGAGACGCCCAAGACGACCCCAGGCGGGCGAGGUCCACCCAAGUCGGCGCCGCGCCGCCAAGGCUUCCUCGUCGGCAACACGAUCGCGGGUUCGUUCCGGAAGCAGCUCGGCGAGCUCAUGGACCAGAUCGCCAAGACGUCGACGCACUCCGGUGUGCCGGGUGUCAUUGCCGCGAUUCGCAUCAGUCGCGCCGCGUUCCCGAACCGCCUCUCGCUCAAGGAGUUUACGUCUCGCUUCGCGAUCAUCUGCCCGUCCAAGCUCCGGACGGCGCCGCCCGAGGCCAUGGUGCUCGGGCUGCUCCAGCGCCUCUUGCCCGAGACGACGUCGACAAAGAACGCCCGCUUUGCGAUCGGUCGGACCAAGGUCUACUUCUCGUCCGGCCUUUUGCAACAGCUCGAGGACCGGCGCAACGAGCUCCUCCGCAGCUUUGCACUCUGCCUCCAGCGCAACCUGCAAAUGCACGCAGCCCGCGCCCGCUACCGCCGUAUGCGCGCCGCCAUAUUGGUGCUCCAAGCCCACCUCCUGGCGUAUGUCGCUGGCGUGCGCGCGCGGCGUCAGUUCCUUACACUUCGAAGUGGGGUCUUGGGCACGCAAGCGCGUUGGCGGGGCCUCGUACAGCGCCGCGCAUUCCGCGUCCUCCUCGUUGCUGAGCGCGAGCGCAAGGAGGCCGAGCGGCUUCGUGUCCUUGCGGAAGCCGAAGCCCAGACGCAACUUGAGCGCGCAGCCAAGCUCCAAGCCGCAUCGGCCAAGAGAAUGGCGUGGGAAGACGACGAAGACGAAGUGCCUGCGUCCCCGCGACCGAGUUACCACGAGUCGCUCAUCGAGAAGAGCUCGCACGCAGAGCUACUGGCGCGCGUGGGCCAAGCAGAGGCACUCGCACUCGAAGCGCGCGAGGCUGCAGAGGGUGCGAUGGCGCUCAACGAGUACCUACAGAAGGAGAACAAGGAGCUCAAGACCAAGCUAGCGCAAAAUGUGCACGAGUACGCGGACGCGGAUCUCAAGGAGGAGAACGAUCGGCUCAAGCACGAGCUCAUGCUGCUGCAGAACAAGGUUGCGCGAAGCGAAGAAGUGUCGCUGAUUGCAGCCAAGGUGGUCGACAGCCGCAUUACGUUCCGCGAAGGCCGUCAGUUUGUCGAGUACAAGCUCCAGAUCGAGACCAACAGCCGUGGCACGCUCUUUGUGUGGCACCGGUACUCGACGUUCCGGAACCUCGCGACAACGCUGCAGACCAAGAACGGCGAGAAAAUCAUCCAAGACCGCGUUGCGAAACUCAACGAAUUCCUCGAAGCCGCGACGCGCGCCGAGUACCUCCAGUGGGGUAUCCGUGUCGACCAAGACACGUGCGUCUACAAGCGCCGGACGCGGUCGUCGUCGGGUGCGGACCGCGAGGACACGGCGUCGACGACGCGUGAUACGGUCUCGAUCGCGGGCUUUCGCGCGUCGUCCAACUCGUUUAGCGAUGAGAAAGACGCGCCACGACAGUCGUUUGCGUCUCGGUUUUCGAUCAAGCGCAACAAAAGCACAGUGUAG